AUGCCUGAAGACGAGAAGAGCGCGAAGGGAUUCAUACCGCAACACUAUUUUCUUCCCUUGGAAGAGAGUUUGUAUAGCCUCGGUGACGCGGAGAGCGCGUUCUUCAAAUCUCAGACUGGCAUCCACGAUGAUGAACAGCUGAAGAAACAUAUUGUGAUGAUCCAAGAACAGGCCUUUUCAGUUCAUCCGUACCCGUGCAUUCGUCACUACGCGUUCACAAAGUUAAAAAUAUCGAGAAUCUCUGCAUACGAUACCUUGUUAAAUCUAGGCAAGCAAAGGGAGGGCGCAAUCUUUCUCGACAUCGGCUGCUGUUUCGGGAACGACGUCCGGAAAGCUGUCGCGGACGGGUAUCCGGUCCAGAACGUGCUCGCGUCUGACUUGAGACAAGGCUUCUGGGAUCUAGGUCACAAGCUUUUCCUCGAUACCCCCGAGACGUUUCCCGUUCCCUUCAUUCCGGGCGAUGCGUUCGACUCCUCCCACCUCGAAGUAGUACCCCCGUUCACGACGGCUACGGCGCCCUCCGGACCAGCGCCGGACCUUCAAUCCUUGACCUCUCUAAACCCACUCCUUGGGCGAGUAUCGGCCAUACACGCGUCCUCCCUCUUCCACCUUUUCUUAGAAGAACGGCAGCUUCAUCUGGUCAGAGCUCUCGCUGGUCUCCUCUCUCCGGAGUCGGGAUCCAUUAUAUUUGGACAGCAUGGGUCGCGGCCGGUGAAAGGGCUAAGAAAUCCUAUCGUCGGAGACUAUGCCAUGUUUUGCCACUCGCCUGACAGCUGGAAGAAGCUCUGGGAGGAGGAAGCCUUCGAGAAGGGCACGUUUAAAGUCGAGGCGACGCUGCAUGAGGUGCAGCGACCAGAUUUGGCGUCCGUGCUGCCCGAAGAAGCUGGAAGGAAGUUUUACAUGAUGGAUUGGUGUGUCACUCGGAUUUGA